AUGAUCGUCUCCAUAUCGAGUCAUCAAAUCAACAUGGCGGCCUCUGAGACUGAAAAUAUGCUCAUCUUACGCGCACCCCUUGCCCGCGCGGCGACGUCCCUGGACCGCUCGCUCUUCUCCAAGACGUUGAACCUCGCGGCGGCCACGGUGAAGGACAAUCGCAACAUCGCCAAGUAUCGCAAGCAGCUGGAAAAGGCGCAGGAGCUCCUGCAUCUCGAUCGUCUGGGCUCUUGCCGUACGGAUCCUGCCAAUCCUAACCUGAAGUGUCUUCUCAUGCGGCCGGGUGUAAAGCCUGAUGCUCCGACGACAUGGGGACCUGUUUUUCAGGAGGGAGUCAAAAGUGGUGAACUGGAUGUCGUGCCGUUUGAGUUGCAACUCGACUACGACUACUGGAGCUAUCUUGAUGUGAUGUCCUCCAUCUUGCCGGAGGAGCUUCACGUCGAGAUCCCGACGGGCUUCAACACUGCCGGACAUGUUGCGCACCUCAACCUGAGGGAGCAAUAUCUCCCGUACAAGAAGAUCAUCGCCGAAGUCAUUCUCGACAAGAACCCCAAGAUCCGCAUCGUCAUUAACAAGGUCGACAACGUCGGAGACGAGUCUGAGUUUAGAACCUUCGGGUACGAGGUUCUCGCCGGUCCCGACGACAUGAACGUCGAGGUCAAGGAGAACGACUGCGUCUUCCAGUUCGAUUACUCCAAGGUCUACUGGAACAGCAAGCUCGAGCCGGAGCACACCAGACUUAUCAAGAUGUUCCAGCCCGGCGAGGUGGUUGCCGAUGUCAUGGCAGGUAUCGGACCUUUCGCAGUUCCAGCCGGAAGAAAGGGUGUCUUCGUCUUCGCCAACGACAUGAACCCAGAAAGUUUCAAGUAUCUCAACGCCGCUGUUGAGAAGAACAAGGUCUCCCAAUACGUCCGACCCUACAACUUGGACGGCCGCAAGUUCAUCCAGGAGGCCGUCCACCAGGUCUACGACGCCUCAACCCGCGGAGACGGAGCCGUCAUCAAACCCAAGCAAUCCAGAAGCAAACCCGAGAACGCCCCUCCCGAGCCGAAGCGCAUCCCCAUACCGCCCACCAUCUCCCACUUCGUCAUGAACCUCCCGGCCUCCGCCUACACCUUCGUCCACCACUACAGGGGCAUCUACAAGGGCCGCGAGGAGCUCUUCGAGCCGCACACAUCCGUCAAGCUGCCCAUGGUCCACGUCCACUGCUUCGCCCUCAAGAGCGACGACGAGGUGCCCCUAAACGACAUCCUGCAGCGCGUGCACGACGAGCUCGGCGUCCGCUUCAGGCUCGGCGACGCGGACAACCACGGCGAGAUGACCAUCUACAACGUCCGCGACGUCGCCCCCAAGAAGCGCAUGUUCUGCGCCAGCUUCCGCAUCCCGCCCGAGGUCGCCUUCGCCGCGGACAGCUGA